ACAGUACUCGCCCAUAGCCAACUAACUUAAGCGACGCACGGGCUACGAUUCAACUGAAACUCCUCUGAGGAUUCUUCCCAGGAUUAUUAAAACGUCAAGCCUUUUAAAAUGAUAAGUAUUUAUCAGUAGUUAAGCAAUGAGAAAAUAAUACACCAGAGAUCCACUGAGAGAAAUUGAAUAAUAGAGUUUUUAUUUUUAACUCAAAAGAAGACUUACAUUUACCCCACAACUUAUGUUACUAUUACCGUUUUCGUGGGGAUCGUAAACUGCUUCUUUCGGAAGACUGGAUUUUUCUUUUGGGGUCGAUAUAUCAUCAUAGAAAAAACAAAAAGAAAGAGAAAAGACAUACCAAUCUCGUGAUUUUUUCUUUAGUAAUUUGUUGAUACUACACUUUUUAUUUACAAUUUAAAACGUUUCUUUGGGAUGUUGAGCUCAGUGAAGAUGGAGUCUCACGAAAUUCCUGAAUGGAAUGCGUUCUACAGUGAAUCAAGUGAGAUGUAUUCCUCACCAAGCGCCAUGAAUUCCAGCCUGAGUUCAAUGAGCACCCUGAACAGUUACAUCAACCUGAAUUCUGCCGGUUCUGCAUCCAGCAUGAACAUGGGCUACCCCAGCACUGGACUCAAUAGCAACCAUCUUGCCUCCAUGGCUGGAGGAGCAAACCACAUGAGCCUGUCACCAGUCGGCUCAUCUCUGAACCCCAGCUCCCUCACACAGCUGGGCUCCCCAACCUCCUCUCUCAGCCCCCUCUCUCACUACCAGAGCAUGGGACAGCCCAUGGCUCAGCUCAGCUAUCCGUCUCCCACUUCACUAAACCGAACCAAGGAGGUUCCUAAGCCUUACCGCCGAUCCCUCACUCAUGCCAAGCCACCUUACUCCUACAUCUCCCUUAUAACCAUGGCCAUCCAGCAGUCCGGUAAUAAGAUGCUCACCCUCAACGAGAUUUACCAGUGGAUCAUGGACCUGUUCCCUUACUACCGCGAGAACCAGCAACGCUGGCAGAACUCCAUCCGUCACUCACUCUCCUUCAACGAUUGCUUUGUGAAGGUAGCACGCUCACCAGACAAGCCCGGUAAAGGCUCCUACUGGGCUAUGCAUCCAAACUCUGGCAACAUGUUUGAGAACGGAUGCUACUUGCGUCGACAGAAGCGCUUCAAGAUAGAGGACAAACCUGGCAAGAAGGGCACCUCAAAGUCUCAGGAUGGUGGGGCUGGCAAGGGCGGGCAUGGAGAUAGUCUUCAGGAGGAGCACAGCCCGGGCACAGGUUCUGAGGGAGCAGACUCAGCCCACUCCGACAGCUCCCACCCAGGUUCAGCCUCAGAGGAGCAGCAGCAGAGGAGUCUGGUGCAGUUGGAGUGCCCACAUCCAACUCCCUCACUGGCACAGAGUUCCCCAGUGCCUAUUCCUUCCUCUGUGCCAUCCUCCAUUGCUCCCUCUACCUCCCACCUCCACUCUCAGCCCAUGGGAGGCAGCCCCCACCUCCUGCCUAGCUCUAUGCAGCACCUUGACCUUCAGAAUGAUCCCCUUAAAUCCAUGGAUCCCCACUACAACUUCAACCACCCCUUCUCUAUCACCAACCUCAUGUCUAAUGAGCAGAAGAUGGAUCUCAAGUCCUACCAAGACCAGGUGAUGGCCUACAACAGCUACACGUCCACGUCACCAGUGGCUGCCAAACAGAUAUAUGACAGCGCAGGCCCGUCUGCUAUUGAUUCUGGAGCUUACUACCAGACCUUAUACAGCAGGUCUGUCCUCAAUGCGUCUUAACGCGUCCAACAGCCAAAUGGCAGCCAAGAGCUGCUGCGACUCUAACAGCUUUAGACACUAUAGAGAUAAAAUGGCUGACCUCUCAGGCAGGCUCCCACAGGAGGGACCAUUCUUCAUCAAAGACAGCUUUCUGCUGUGUCAGUG